AUGUUUAAAUUGGGAGUCUGGGAAGAUCUAAGAUCGAACAAGGAACAUGCUCAUCUGGUGUCAACAUUGGAAAGCAUAUCACUAGCAUCAAGAGCGGACUCCACAGCUAAGAGUUAUCUUAACGCAUUUAAUAGACAGGCAGAAUUCGCCAAAGGAUGCGGUUUCCAGGUAUUUCCUGCCAAUCUUUCCCACGUGUCAAUAUAUCUAACUAGUCUGAUUGAGGGCGCAAUUCAUAGCCAGAAGACGAAACAGUGCGUGGAAUCGGCACGCUAUAGCAUUCAGUGGAUGCACACCUUGGCCGGUUUGCCGUCACCUACUCAACAUCCUUUUAUCAAGAACAUUGUGGAAUCCUCCAGACGGUUACUUGGCAAACCACCGAUCAAGAAAGAGCCCGUUACAGCAAGUAUUUUGUGCAGUCUGGUUGAACUCUUAAAACAUUCAGGUUCUUUAAAAGAUAUCAGAGAUCUGUGUUUAUGUUUACUUGCUUUUGCUGGUUUUUUUAAAUAUAGUGAUCUUAUAGGGAUUAGGGGUUCAGAUAUUGUUUUUAAUGACACGCACGUUUGCAUCACUAUCCGAAGCAAUACAAAUGAUCAGUACAAGAAAGGCAAUAAAGUUCACAUUGCCAAAACGAGUAAUCCUACUUGCCCCGUAGCUAAGUUAAUUCAGUAUUUCCAGGCAGCAGAGAUCCAA